CAUGAAAUUGUAAAGACAUCAUAACAAUAUUAUUGGGAAUUUUGUGAUUUAACAACAAAUAAACUAUUUCAAUAUGUACUAUUUAAGCUAUACAUAAUCAUUUAUUGUUCCAGGCCAGGAUCCCUACAAUCAGGGCGCGACUAAGCCUAAUUUGGCCCGGGGCAAAAACUUCUUUGGGAGCUCCCUCUGCUCCAUCCUUCAGUAACGAAGAAACGUGCAUAGAACUUACUUCUGGCAAUUUUUAUGGCAUUUUUCGUAAGGAACAUAAAAUAAACUUUCUAUUCGAUUUGCCCCCCCCCCUUUGAUGUGGCGACCCGGGGCAAGUGCCCCUGCUUUAUUCUGGCUAUGCCUACAAUCUUGAUCUAAUCGGAAGCAAAUCCUUUCUUUCACCUUAUGGAUUCGGAUCUGCGGAAAAUGUUUGAGAUGAACGAAGUAACACAUAAGAAUACACGAUGCAGUUAGAGCAAAGAGAUAAACACAGUGUCAACGUCAUAUCAUGCUCUCAAUCUGAAUCCUCUUAACCGUUUUUAUUUGUUAUCAGGUCUGAAUGUGAAGUAUAACUGAUUUCAUCUUUUGUUUCGAUUGUCUUCUUUUAUCUGUUUGAAGAGUCUAAAAGUGACACAAUUAUAAAGCAUGGCAUAUUUGCUAAAGGGCGUUUACUUGGUUGGUAAAGCACCGGUGUAUAGUCAACAUGCGCUUUUACAUCUUUUUAACCCUAUGUUUCCUUCUCUUGAAAUGCGACAUUUCCCUAACAGCUGAACCUGCCAAAAUUGGGCAACCUCUUUUGUGCCAUGGCUGUGUUGCUGUUUUGAAGGAACUGCACAAAAUGCUCAGAGAUUCAUCUGGGCGUAAAAAAUUAGUGAAUCAAAGUCUUGGAAGGCUGUGCGAAAUAAAUAAUUUUGUUUCAUAUACUUUCAGCCCACCAAAAAUGAUUAAAGCCUGUAAUUACAUUGUUGAAACACACAGACAAGAGCUUGCAGAAAACUUGAUUGAGUACUACCGGAAGUUCAAGACUGCAGAAAACUUACCUCUACAGGAAAAAUUUUGUGAUCAAGUAAUUAAGGCUUGUGAAGGUGUAAGAAGACCUACCAAAGAUAGUGAGAUGAAACCUCAUGGCUUUUCUGUUGAUGAUGCCAAUGAACAAUUGCAAAAAGCUGCAGAGAAAGGGUUUUCUUCCAUACAAAGUUCUGCUGGAGAAGACAGCCAUAUGCAGAUUGAUAAACCUCAACAUCAGUUACUAACUACACCAUUACCCCAUGAAGAAUUAUGAUGCCAAUAAAUUAUUUAUUUUAA